UUGACCUUUUUUCUUCUCCUUGAUCUUUUUUUCUUCUUCGUCACUGUGCCGCCUAGUUUGUGGUAACCGUGGUUUUAUCCCGUUACAUUAAUAGAUGUUGCGCAACGCGGUAAACACAGCAACAAGCGCGGCGAAGAAAGCUGUAACGGAAUUAUCCCAUUACCCGAAGCCUGGAGAAAAACUUCAUGGCUUCACUUUGCUAAGAACAAAACAUGUUCCAGAGCUAGAGUUGACUGCUUUACACUUACGGCAUGACAAGACAGGCGCUGAUUAUCUGCACAUCGCCCGAGAUGAUAGCAAUAAUGUCUUCUCCAUCGGCUUCAAGACGAAUCCGCCUGAUGACACAGGCGUACCGCAUAUCCUUGAGCACACAACCUUAUGCGGUAGCCAGAAGUAUCCUAUACGAGAUCCCUUCUUCAAGAUGUUACCACGAACUCUCUCCAACUUCAUGAAUGCCUUUACCGCCUCCGACCACACCUACUACCCAUUUGCCACAACCAACGCUCAAGACUUUCAGAACUUGAUGUCAGUAUACCUCGACGCGACUCUGCAUCCUUUGUUGAAAGAGACGGACUUCACGCAGGAGGGCUGGCGAAUCGGACCUGAAAAUCCUAGGGUUGCGGAGAAGGAUGGAGAUUCCGAUGCCGACAGCAAGCUCGUUUUCAAGGGUGUUGUCUACAACGAGAUGAAGGGCCAAAUGUCAGAUGCUGGCUACCUCUUUUAUAUCCGUUUCCAAGAUCAUAUCUUCCCAUCCAUCAACAACUCUGGUGGUGAUCCACAGAAAAUCACCGACUUGACAUACGAGCAACUACGGAAUUUUCAUGCUCAGCAUUAUCAUCCGAGCAAUGCGAAGCUAAUGACAUACGGUGACAUGCCCUUAGCUGAUCAUCUUAAAGAGGUCGAUGCUCGGAUGAAGGCGUUUGAGCAGAUCCAAACAGAUAUUGAGCAUAAACGACCGAUCGAUCUUAACAGUGGACCACGUACUGUGACUGUGCAUGGGCCCAUGGAUCCGCUUGCCGACUCUGACAAGCAAUACAAAACUUCAGUCUCAUGGGUUUUGGGCGAUACCAGCAAUGUACUAGAGUCCUUCUCGAUUGCCCUACUUUCAUCUCUUUUGAUGGAUGGAUACGGAUCCCCUUUGUAUAAGGGGCUAAUCGAAAGUGGCUUAGGUACAGAUUGGAGUCCCAAUACCGGUUAUGACGGGUCUGCUGCUACAGGCAUCUUUUCCAUUGGAUUGACUGGAGUCGGGCAAUCCAAUGUGGAAAGGGUGAAGAGCGAGGUGCAGAAAUUGUUACGUGAGAUUCGCGGUAACGGUUUCGAGAAAGUCAAAAUCGACGGAUAUCUUCACCAGCUUGAAUUAAGUCUAAAGCAUAAGACUGCGAACUUCGGCCUUUCCGUGCUACAUCGUUUGAAGGGAAAGUGGUUCUCAGGUACCGACCCCUUCGACUCACUAGCAUGGAAUUCCACAGUUUCCGCGUUCGAGGCGAAACUUGCUGAAGGUAAUUAUCUUGAAGGGUUAAUGGAUAAGUACUUAUUGAAUGAUAAGACUCUCACUUUCACAAUGGCGCCUUCAGAAACAUACGGCGUGGAAGUGGCGAAGGAAGAAGAGGACAGGUUGGCAGCCAAGAUUUCAGAUGCAGCUCACAAGGCUGGUGGAGAGCAAAAGGCCAAGAAACUCUUUGAGCAAAGGGAACUUGAACUUUUGGUCGAGCAGAACAAAUCAAGCACACAAGAUUUGAGCUGUCUCCCAACUGUUCAUGUCAGGGAUAUACCAAGGCAGAAGGAGCCUGCUAUAUUAAGACAGGAAAACUAUCGUGGCAUCCCAAUCUUAUCGCAUGAAGCCCCUACUAAUGGUCUUACCUACUUUCGGGCAAUCAAUACCUUUGAGAACUUGCCUAGUGAUCUUCGAUCCCUGAUCCCACUUUUUACAGACUCCAUCAUGCGGCUUGGGACAAAAGACAUGACCAUGGAGCAACUCGAAGACGAAAUCAAACUCAAGACUGGGGGUAUAUCCGUCAGUUAUGUAUCGACCUCAUCACCGGAAGAUUUCAGCAAGGCAGAUGAGGGACUUCUUCUAAAAGGCACUGCCUUGGAUCGUAACGUGCCGGAGAUGUUUGGCCUCCUACGCAAGAUCAUCUUGGAGACCAAUUUCGACAGUCCUGAGGCAGCUCUUAGGAUCCGGCAACUCUUGGAAGCUGCAGCUGAUGGUGUCGUGAACGACAUUGCCUCAUCUGGCCACUCUUAUGCUAAAAGAUAUGCAGAGUCCGGUAUAACACAGGAGGGUUACCUAUCUGAACAAGUAGGUGGCUUAUCACAGGUAAAACUCAUUACGUCGCUCGCCAAGCGACCAGAAUCAAAUCAGUUUGAAGACGUGAUUGAAAAGCUCAAACUUAUUCAGAAAACUGCAUUGGCAGGUCUUAACAUCCGCACGUCGCUGACUUGUGGCUCGGAUAGCUAUCAAGCCAACGCUGAUUCGUUGUUCGAUUUUCUGGCAUCUAAGCCGAGUGAGCCUAUUAACUUUCCAUUAUCAAAGCAGCUUCAAAGUAAGCAGCCGCUUACGCAAGAUAUCAAAACCUUUUUUCCACUUCCCUACCAAGUUUACUAUGGUUGCCUUGCUCUCCCAGCCGCCUCCUACACUCACCUGCACAGUGCACCGCUCCAGAUCUUAGCACAACUUUUGACCCACAAGCACCUCCAUCAUGAAAUUCGUGAAAAGGGUGGUGCUUAUGGAGGCGGGGCUUAUAUGAGAGGCCUCGAUGGAAUAUUUGGAUUCUACUCGUAUCGCGACCCAAACCCGCAAAACACCCUUUCCAUCAUGAGGAAUGCCGGCCGCUGGGCAGCUGAUAAGGAAUGGUCAGAGCAGGACCUCGAAGAAGCGAAAAUAUCAGUCUUCCAAGGUGUUGACGCACCCAAGGCUGUUAGUUCAGAGGGCAUGCUUCAAUUCAUGGCAGGCAUCACGCCGGAGAUGCAGCAGAAAAGACGUGAACGACUCUUGGACGUGACAAAAGAUCAAGUCCAAAAGGUUGCUGCGUUGUACAUCGUCAACGCUCUCGCUAAAGAAAAGGAACGGGUCGCCUUCCUCGGUAAGAGGCAGGACUGGGUUGACGAGUCUUGGAAGGUGAAUGAAUUAGACGUUAGCGGCGUCGAGUGAGGACCGAAACCUAACGCUCUACCCUGAUUAUCUGUACAAUAUUUGUGCAUAUACCCAUCUCCAA